CAUUGACAUUUUAUAUUUAUUGAUUUAUCAAAUUUCAGUAACUUUUCAUCAUAAUUUAUUAUAAUGAUAAAAAAUAACUGUUUAAAAUCUAAUUGGAAUUAUUAUAUGUGGUACAUACUCAAUAGGCUUAACCACACUUCUGCUAAGUCAAAUUCUCCAUUUCAUUACAAAUAUACUCCAGGAAAUGAAGUGGCUAUAAACAAACAAAUACAAAUUGAACAACAAGCAGCACAGGAAUAUUUAAAUAUUGCUGUAAAGUUUUUACAACCUUGUCAGUUAUGGCCAGGUGCAGCAGGGUUUUUCAUGAGAAUGUAUGAAGAAGAGUUAAGGCACAUGCAACUGUUUAUACUUUAUCAGCUAAGAAGAGGAGGUACACCUAUAAUAAGUUCUCUUAAAGAACCACUUGCAAUUUCAAAACUAUCUUUGCUUGAUGCUUUCCAAAAGGCUCUUGAGAUGGAAAAAUGUGUUACAAAGUCAUUGGAGGAUCUUGUUGUUAUCGCAGAAAAAGAUUUCCAAUGUGUAGAUUUUGUAACUUCAAGAUUUCUGUCAGAACAAAUAAGUUCCAUUGAUGAACUUGCACAACACAUUGUUAACCUGUGUAAGUUGUCAGAUAAUGAACAUAGCUUAUACCACUAUGAUUUGCAAUUAUCUAAGAGAUAUCCUUAUACAUACUUAAAACUAUGA